AUGUUGGGAGUUUCGAAAGGUUACUCUGGCGGACACCGAGGCGACUGUUGGUGGAAUGACGUGGUGCAAAGUAAAAUGGAAGCCAAGAAAGCGGCUUACAUUAAGUUAGUAGAGAGCACCGACAAGGAUCACAUAAGAGCGAACAGAGAAACAUAUAAGGAGGCUAGGAAGGAGGCAAAAUUAGCGGUCACAGAAACUAAGACUACUGCUUUUGGUCGGCUUUAUGAGGAAUUUGGGGAUAAAGGUGGAGACAAGAAAUUAUUUCGGUUAGCCAAAGCGAGUGAGAAGAAGGCUCGCGACCUAGAUCAAGUGAGGUGCAUCAAAGACGAGGACGGUCGAGUAAUGAUGGAAGAGGGCCAGAUUAGGCAAAGAUGGAAGUCAUACUUUCAUAAACUUCUGAAUGAAGAGAGGGAUGAAAACAUCGUGUUAGGGCAAUUGGGUCACUCCGAGAGUCAUCGAGACUUUAUGUAUUGUAGGCGUAUUAAGAUUGAGGAGGUCAUGGAUGUGAUGAGUAAGAUGAGUCGGGGCAAAACGACUGGACCAGACGAGAUUCCAGUAGAGACAAAGAGGAUGCCUGAUGAGUGGCGUUGGAGUACAAUGGUUCCGGCGUACAAGAACAAAUGGGAUAUCCAGAAUUCGGUGGGAAAGCAUCAACGAGAAGUACUGCUUCUUCAGUCACCAGCUCGAUUUAGAAGUUACUGUCGAGAUGGACAAAUAGAUCGAGAAGUUGGUGAUAGAACAACCUCAGUCAUUAUUAAAGCUACAGAGUUGCUUAAGGGAACAAACGUAACAAUUACUAGUGAUGGUGGUGCAAUUCUGAGGAUGUUAGAAGUUGAGCAUCCAGCUGCCAAGGUUUUUGUUGAGUUGGCUGAACUCCAAGAUCGAGAAGUUGGUGAUGGCGUAGGGCUUGAGCAAGGUCUUCAAUGUCUGAAGAAGUGGGGAUUUCGCAGAAGCGAAGUCAUAUGUUGGCGUGAAGUUGGAUCGACCAGCUGA